CGCCGGCGCUCGCCCGGCGCCUCAGCGAGCAGCGGCAGGGCAGGGCCCCGCCGGCUGACAGACGCCCGCCGCCGCUCCGACAACACAGCAUGCGCAGCGCCCUUCGCGAACAGAGGCCGGGCAAUUAAGGGGGCUGCCCCCGCGCGGUGCCCGCUGCGCCUGCGUCACCUCCCUCCCCGCCGGCCGGGCAGCUGCACUGCGCCUGCGCGGCUCCGGCGCGGCGCGGCGCCGGGGAGCCGGAGCCUGCGCGGUUGCCGGGGUGACGGGAAUACAACAUGGCGCGCUGAGGGCCUGGCCGGGAGGUGUUCGGCGGUCGGGAGGGCGCCCGGUCGCUCUCUCGCUCGCCCCGAGACCUGCAGGCGAGCGCAGGAUGAACAAAUAUCAACCAGUUGGUAAGAUAGGAGAGGGAACAUUUUCUGAUGUUCUGAAGACACUGAGUCUUAGGGAUGGAAAGUACUAUGCAUGUAAACACAUGAAGCAACAUUUUGAAAGUAUGGAACAAGUGAAUAAUCUGAGAGAAAUACAAGCACUAAGGAGGCUGAGUCCACAUCCUAAUAUCCUUGUGUUACAUGAAGUUGUUUUUGAUAAAAAAGCUGGGUCCCUUUCACUGAUAUGUGAACUUAUGGACAUGACUAUUUAUGAGCUGAUAAAAGGAAGGAGAAAGCCAUUACCUGAAAAAAAAAUUAAGAACUACAUGUACCAGUUAUGCAAAUCUCUUGAUUACAUACAUAGAAAUGGGAUAUUUCACAGAGAUGUGAAACCAGAAAACAUAUUAAUAAAGCAGAAUACCCUGAAGUUAGGAGAUUUUGGAUCUUGUAGGAGUAUCUAUUCUAAGCAGCCACAUACGGAAUAUAUCUCCACACGCUGGUAUCGAGCACCUGAAUGCUUACUUACAAAUGGCUACUAUAGUUACAAAAUUGAUAUAUGGAGUGCUGGCUGUGUUUUCUAUGAAAUCACAAGUUUUCAGCCUCUCUUCCCUGGAUCUAAUGAGCUGGACCAAAUUUCAAAAAUCCAUGACAUUAUAGGCACUCCUGCUAACAAAACUCUCAAGAAGUUCAAGCAGUCAAGAAUUGCAACUUUUGAUUUCCCUUUUAAAAGAGGAAAAGGAAUACCUCCUUUUGUGCACAAUUUGUCUCCCAAAGGCUUCUCUCUCCUGUAUGCAAUGAUAAAAUAUGAUCCUGAUGAGAGAAUUGCUGCCCAUCAAACAUUACAGCACCCUUAUUUUCAAGAACUCUGGGCAGCUGAUACACAAGCUUUGGCCAUGCACAAAAAAUUAAGAUUACUAGGAAAUACAUCAGGGCAAGUACCUCUGCAUUUGUGGCAAAUUUCAAAGGAAGGUCAAAGACAGUCUGAGAAACAGAAGGCACUUAAGUCUUCCCCGAAACAUUUCCACUUACCUGCUAUAGAACGAAGAGGAGGAGGUUACUGACCGCCUUGUAAAGUAUUUGGAGUGUGAGGAAAAGCACAACUAUGCAGUGAGAGAGACCCAAUCAUGCUUCCGUUGCUAGAGAUCUAACAAGAGCAGCAGUGCCUUAUUUUGUGUUUCUCUGACAAUUUGUAGGAAAACCCCACAAGGUUAUGAGGGCUGCUUACCUACCAUUUUGGUAUUCUGUUCCUGAAGGGUAUCAAUAUUUAAUUAAAGCAUUGAUCUGGCAGAGCUUAGAGAACACUCUGUAUUGAACUUUCUAAGUAUUUUUUCCUUUUAGAACCUGAUGGAGGAGGAGGUUGGUUAAAAAUAACAUGAAAGGGUUCUUUGAGCUUCAGUAUUAAGACUGGAAUGUUAUCUACAAAAUAUGAGUUUUCAUAUUAUAUUAUAAAUGAAGCUAAUUUUUGUAUAUUUUUUAGAUGUAAAAGAUUUUUAUUUUUCAGUCAACUCUGGAAAGUAUUCACCUCCUGUAUUCAAUAACUUCAACCUCAAGUUUUAUUGAGAAUGUGCAGAUUAUGCAAUCAUAUGAGAUACCUGAUUUUGAUGCAGUUUCUGUAACUGCUGAGUAUUUUUAUAUAACUAUAAUCUAAAGCAACUUUUUAUCUGAUUCAAAGCAAAUAAAAUUUAGUCAUAGUUUUCUUCAAGUCAAGGUUGAUCUUAAUCAAAAGUUUUAACACUGACUGAUAUUGCAGCUACUUGCUUAAAAGAGCAGUAAAGGCAUGUAUCUUAUCAUGUUUCAGAAAUUUUGGGCACAGAUCAUCAGUAACUAUUUAAUAUAAUGUUACUGUUUCCUAGUGCUAUAAAAGGUAAGUUAAGAGGCAGCAUUUUUAUCUUACUUGGAAAGAGUAGUUAUUGCAAUUUGAUACCACUGAUUUUAAAAUUCCCGAGAUCUCCUAAAAAUUUGCAAUAAUAAUUUGCAAUACUUAAAUUUGGUGAUGUGUUACAAAACGGUUUUGCUAUUUAAAAAACAAGUUAGUUUGUGCAAGUCAUACUUAGCUGGGGGUUUAAAAAUCUUCUGUGUACCAAGUAUGCAUGCAAGACAGGUUUUGCAAAUAACUUGUCUUUUUAAUAGUUCUGAAAGUUACUCUGCUCAUAAUUGGGAAGUGAUCAGCUUUUUUUCCAGUAACCAAAUACCUCUGGGACUGCUGCUGCUGUUCAAAAGUUUCUGUGCAUCAAAAAAGUAAAAAUGAAGCAACGAGAAGGCAGGCAAGGGCCAUGUUGUAUUAGAGGUCGCUGCUGCCCAUGAGGCAUUAUAAAAAAACGCACUGGGUAGCAGACCACGUUAAAGUUACUAAGCCAACAAUUAAGCAUCAAUUUGAGAUUGAUGCUCUAAAUCCAGACAAACUAUUUAUUCUAAUCAGUUAAGAUGCAGCUCAAACAAGGCAGUAAAAUACACAUGAAAAUUUUAUAAAAAUACUACUCAUCUAGAAUAAAAGCUGUGUCCAUUAUGCUC